AUGGCGGGCAACACCAAUGUCAAGAUAUCGAUCAAGAACACCGGAUCCGAGCCUUUGCGCCUGGUCAAAGUUGAUGGUCUUCUAAGCGACUUGGCCGUCGACAAGGUCACUGUCGUGAAAGAUGGCAACAAGCUCCCUUUCUACGGUAUCCACGUUGACAUCGACCUCACUGCGCUGGAGGAUUCUUCAUUCCAGGCUUUGUCACCCUCAGAGACAGUUGACAAGCACUUCGAUAUCGCCCAUGUUUACGAUCUUGGCUCUGGUGGUAUCAUCGAUUUGGUGUCGCAAGGCACCUUCCUCUAUGCGACCUCUGAAUCAUCGGUCGUAGAGACCAUAUCCUUCAUCUCGAACACUCUUACCGUCAACAUCGAUGGAUCUGAAGCAGCCGCGACCCGUCAGACUUGGCUUUCGAGCGUAUGGAAUGCGGAAUUCAACCUCCAAGGCGGUUGCACCCACGAACAGUACGACAUUCUAGACCAAUGUCGCAGUCUGUGCUCUGAUCGCGCCUAUUCCGCCUGGCAGAACUCGCUUUCCGACGCUGGCAACCACACGAGGAUCAUGGAGUUCUUCAAGGACGACACUGAGCAGAUUCGCAAGAAGCUCAACGACGGCUUUCUCGCGAUGGGAUCUGAAUGUCGGAACAUGAACGAGGGUCGUGUCAAGAUCUUUUGUAACAACCUCGAUGGCUGUGAACCGGGUGUGUUGGGAAUGACUGUGUGGGCGGGCGAGGAACUUCACGUCAGGUUCUGCCCCUUUUGGUUCGAUGCGUGGUAUCAGAUUGAUCAUCCAGAAUGUCAUGAAGGCGACAAGACUAAGACAAUGACGCAUGAGCUCUCCCAUGCAUUGUUCAGCGUCGGCGAUGUCAAAUACGGAUAUGACAACUUUAUCACGCUCAACUCAACGGAUAACCUCAACAAUGCGGACACUUAUGCAUUCUUUGCUAAAGGUAAGCGAUCUCAACUCACAGAAGGCUUUCCUAUGAAUCUUGGACAAACCGCUAAUCUCAUAUGCAGCGUCCCACAACAAUUGUUGAGUUUGGUCGAUCUUCACAUUCGCGGCUUGUUGGGAAAAGAGUAG